AUGGGCCGAGAUUUAUCCAACGUGUUCCGCCACUUCCAACGCAAUCUGCAAGGAGAUUUGGCACCGAAUCCCGUGGGGCGGCCAGCUGCCCUGUCGGCGGCCCAGGUGGACAAGGUGGUCGAGACCACCGAGGCCAUGGUUGUGGCUGCCGACGGCAAGUACCAGGUCACGGCCUUGAUGGUUCGAAACGCCCUGAAGCUGAAGUGUUCGGUCAAGAGGGUUCAGGAGGCGCUGCGCAGCCGCGGGGUGCGCUUCCGCCCCAUGCGCGAGAAGCCCAUUCGCACUGUCGAUGACGAGAAGGACCGGCUGGCCUUUGGUAAUCGGCACGCCAAGAAGCCCCCCAGCUUCUGGGUGAGUGGGAUCCAUGCGUAUUUGGAUAACAAGAUGUUCCCGUUCUACCCGAAUGGACAGGGCCGCGCAUACGCGGCCAAGAGGGCUGCUCGCGGCACCUACCGCGCCAAGGGCAAGGGCUUGGCGAAGGGCCACGUGAAGCCGCGUAGAUCAUUGAAGGUCACCUUCGGCAAGGGCGUCAACGUGGCCGUCGCCAUCUCCGCGAAGAAGGUUCUCAUGUGCCACGUAGUCCCCAAGCAGUGGAACGCCGCGGAGGCGUCGACGAUGUACUCGAAGUCCUUGUCGCCAGCGCUGCGCCGCGCGUACUCCGGCAAGACGCGCUUCCUGGUUUUGGAGGACAACGACCCCUCGGGGUACAAGUCCAAGAGUGCAGUGCAGACCAAAGUCGCUCAUGCUAUCGAGGUGCUGCCUUUUCCGAAGCGCUCGCCAGACAUCAACCCGUUGGAUUACGGCUUCUGGGACUGCGUCAACCGCCGCCUCCGCAAGCAGGAGGCCACCUACUCUUCUACUAAGAAGGAAACCAGGGCCCAGUUCGUGGCGCGCCUCAAGAGGACCAUCCAGCGCGUGCCCGAGGCCAUUUUGACGCCCCUGGUGAAGUCCAUGGGCCGGCGUUGCAAGGCCCUCCAGCGGGCGAAGGGGAAAGACUUCGAGGCCCUCGCCGGGGCCGCGCUCGGGUUGGGCCUGGAGCGCGAGCGGCCGCCCCUGGGCCGCGCGGCGGACUUGCGGAGCCUGCGCGGGCUCGGCGCGCCAGGCUCCGCCUGGGCGACGCCGGGGUCGCCCGUGGCCCAGCCGGAGGACGCGCCCGCGCCCCUGCUCGAGGCCGCGCCCAGGGCCCAGCCCGCGGCGGCGCAGCCGGCCGACGGCCGCGGCUCAGACUCCAGCUCCAGCGGCGGCAGCGACAGCGAGGGCGACGCUGCUGCCGACGAGCCCGACGCCGAGUCGGACGCCGACUGGGUCAAGGAGGAGGAGAACGAGCAGGCGCGAAGCCACGUCUUCCUGGUGACCUACUCCGCCCUGCUCAACGCGCCCGAGGACGCGGGCAUGGCGAACCCAGCCGACAUGGACGACAGGGAGUUCUUCCGGAAGGCGCUCCUAGACGCGGUGGCCAACCUCGCCCCCGCCGCCGGCAGCCAGGGGGGGCGCCCGCGGACCAGGGCGUUGGAGGUCAACUUCCUGCUCACCGUCCAGGAGAAGCACCAGGACGGGAAGGUGCACUACCACCAGGCAGUGAAACUGUCGCACGAGACUCGCUUCCUGCCAAUAAAGACUGCGCUCCGGCAGCGGUCGAAGCUCGCCUCUCACUGGAGCACCUCGCACACCGAGCUCUGGAGCGCCGUGCGCUACCUGACGCGCACCAGUGACAGGAAGAAGUCGGUCGACCGCAGCCCCGACGUCUGGGCGAAAGACGGCUCGGCGCCCAACCUCUACGAGAUGGGCAACGAGGGCUGGGGUGCGAAGAUGCACAAGCGCAGGCGGGAGCAGGCGGCGAUGGCGGCGGGCGACCAGGUCCUUGAACGCAGCGCAAAGAAGUCGAAGGAGAUCUUCGGGAAGCUGGACUUGUACGCCCUUGUCGUGACCGACAAGUUGCUGACGCCUCGCAAGGUGAUGACGCACGCGCAGAAGAAGGGCUCCCUGGCCAUGCAGAACUACGUCGCCCGCAACCAGCGGAAGUUGGCCGAGCUAAUCGAGGAAGCUCUGGAAUGGGAGGGGGCGUCGGAGAGGGCCGAGGAGGACGACGAGAGCGACUGGGGCCUCAUCCUGCGGAAGGCUGCGUGCACGUGCGCUUGCGGCGAGGCGGGCUGCGAGUGGUGGGCGGCAGCCGUGGCCUUCUUCGACAGGAACCCGGGGGUCGACAGGGACUACUUGGCGGCGUGCUUGGUGAAGAUCAUCAAGGAAGGCCCGAGCAAGACGGCGCGCGUGCCUCUCAUCGUUGGGCCGCGCAACGCCGGCAAGAGCACGGUCUUGGAGCCGGUGCUGACUCUCUUUGGGGAGGGCGGCGUUUUCACGAAGCCCAAAUUGGGCGCCUUCUGCCCCCUGGCCAAGCUGGUCGGCCCACAGCGUCGGUUCAUUUUCUUUGACGACUACAGGCCUGUGGAGUACGCUUCCAUGCCAGAGAGAAGCCCCACAGUACCAGUCACGGACUUCCUGGCGAUGUUUUGUGGCCAGAAGUUUCAAGUCCAAGUCAGCCAAUGCUUCAACAACGGCCAGCCGGACACGAUCUGGAAGCGCGGGGCUGCCAUGACUGCGAAAAAGAAGGGCUUGUGGAUGCCGAGCGACGUUGUGCCGCAGGAGGAAAUCCGCCACAUGCAGGCCAGAGUCGUCCAAUUUGAAGCGAAGGGCAAGCUGAAGGAGGCUGAUUUCAGGACCGUGCCUAAGUGCUCGGAGAGUUUUGCGCGGUGGCUGGUCACGGGUUCUACGCAGUAUGGGAACAGGCUCCCGCGGCAGCCAACAGCCAGCGAGGAGGCGCAGCCGCGCAGGGCAUCCAGCAAGACCGCCAAGAAGGCAGCCAACGAGGCAGUCAACAAGGCAGCCAACGAGGCGACCAACAAGGCAUCCAACGAGGCAGCCAAUAAGGCAGCCAACAAGGCAGCCAAUGAGGCAGCCGACAAGGCAGCCAACAAGGCAGCCAACGAAGCAGCACACGAGGCAGCAAACAAGGCAGCCAAGUGCGCCAACGAAGCAGCCAACGAGGCAACCGGCGAGGCAGCCAACAAGGCCGCCAACAAGGCAGCCAACGAGGCAGCCAGCAAGGUAGCCAACGACGCAGCCAACGAGGCAGCGAACGAGGCAACCAACGAGGCUGUCAGUAAUGCAGCCAACGAGCCAGCCAGAAAGGCUUUCAACUUGGCCGUCAGCGAGGCAGCCAAGAAGACUGGCAGUGGGCACGCAGCCGACGAGGCAGACAACGAGGCAGCCGACAAGGCAGCCCACAAGGCAGCUAAAGAGGCAGCCAUCAAGGCUGUCAGCACGGCAGCCGACGAGGCAGCCAAGAAGGUUGUCAAUUUGGCGGCCAGCGAAGCAGCCAAUGGAGCUGUCAACUUGGCCGUCCGCGAGCCAGCCGCUGAGUUAGCGCAGCGGUGGUCCGAGACCAACCCCGAGGGCAGGGUUGUGGAUGCCGACGCCAAGUACAGGUCCUAUUUUCCCGCGCCUGCGAUCCCCGAUCGACUGGCCCUGGAGCUGAAGUGUUCGGUCAAGCGGGUUCAGGAGGCGCUGCGCAGCCGCGGGGUACGCUUCCGCCCCAUGCGCGAGAAGCCCAUUCGCACCGUCGACGACGAGAAGGACCAGCUGGCCUUUGGUAAUCGGCACGCCAAGAAGCCCCCCAGCUUCUGGGUGAGUGGGAUCCAUGCGCAUUUGGAUAACAAGAUGUUCCCGUUCUACCCGAAUGGACAGGGCCGUGCAUAUGCGGCCAGGAGGGCUGCUCGCGGCACUUACCGCGCCAAGGGCAAGGGUUUGGCGAAGGGCCACGUGAAGCCGCGUAGAUCGUUGAAGGUCACCUUUGGCAAGGGCGUCAACGUGGCCGUCGCCAUCUCCGCGAAGAAGGUUCUCAUGUGCCACGUAGUCCCCAAGAAGUGGAACGCCGCGGAGGCGUCGACGAGUUACUCGAAGCCGUCGCCAGCGCUGCGCCGCGCGUACUCCGGCAAAAGCCAUGUUGACGCCACUGGUGAGGGCUCCAGGGCCGGCGUUGCACGGCCAUCGCGGGCGCCGCGCUUCGGUCUGGGCCUGGAGAGCGCGAAGGGGCCGCCCCUCGGCCGCGCGGAGGACUUGCUGCGAGGCCUGCGCGGCGCUCGGCGCGCAGGCUCCGCGUGGGCGUACGCGGGCGUGGGGUCGCCCGUGGCCCAGCCGGAGGACGCGCCCGCGCCCCUGCUCGAGGCCGCGCCCAGGGCCCAGCCCGCGGCGGCGCAGCCGGCCGACGGCCGCGGCUCAGACUCCAGCUCCAGCGGCGGCAGCGACAGCGAGGGCGACGCUGCUGCCGACGAGCCCGACGCCGAGUCGGACGCCGACUGGGUCAAGGAGGAGGAGAACGAGCAGGCGCGAAGCCACGUCUUCCUGGUGACCUACUCCGCCCUGCUCAACGCGCCCGAGGACGCGGGCAUGGCGAACCCAGCCGACAUGGACGACAGGGAGUUCUUCCGGAAGGCGCUCCUAGACGCGGUGGCCAACCUCGCCCCCGCCGCCGGCAGCCAGGGGGGGCGCCCGCGGACCAGGGCGUUGGAGGUCAACUUCCUGCUCACCGUCCAGGAGAAGCACCAGGGCGGGAAGGUGCACUACCACCAGGCAGUGAAACUGUCGCACGAGACUCGCUUCCUGCCAAUAAAGACUGCGCUCCGGCAGCGGUCGAAGCUCGCCUCUCACUGGAGUACCUCGCACACCGAGCUCUGGAGUGCCGUGCGCUACCUGACGCGCACCAGUGACAGGAGGAAGUCGGUCGACCGCAGCCCCGACGUCUGGGCGAAAGACGGCCCGGCGCCCAACCUCUACGAGAUGGGCAACGAGGGCUGGGGUGCGAAGAUGCACGAGCGCAGGCGGGGGCAGGCGGCAAUGGCGCCGGGCGACCAGGUCCUUGAACGCAGCGCAGAGAAAUCCAAGGAUAUCUUCGGGAAGCUGGACUUGUACGCCCUUGUCGUGUCCGACAAGUUGCUGACGCCUCGCAAGGUGAUGACGUACGCGCAGAAGGAGGGCCCCCUGGCCAUGCAGAACUACGUCGCCUGCAACCAGCGGAAGAUGGCCGAGCUAAUCGAGGAGGACGACGAGAGCGACUGGGACCUCAUCCUGCGGAAGGCUGCGUGCACGUGCGGUGGCGGCGAGGCGGGCUGCGAGUGGUGGGCGGCAGCCGUGGCCUUCUUCGACAGGAACCCGGGGGUCGACAGGGACUACUUGGCGGCGUGCUUGGUGAAGAUCAUCGAGGAAGGCCUGAGCAAGACGGCGCGCGUGCCUCUCAUCGUUGGGCCGCGCAACGCCGGCAAGAGCACGGUCUUGAAGCCGGUGCUGACUCUCUUUGGGGAGGGCGGCAUUUUCACGAAGCCCAAAUUGGGCGCCUUCUGCCUCCUGGCCAAGCUGAUCUGCCCACAGCGUCGGUUCAUUUUCUUUGACGACGACAGGCCUGUGGAGUGCGCUUCCAUGCCAGAGAGAAGCCCCGCGGUGCCAGUCACGGACUUCUGGCGAUGUUUCGUGGCCAGAAGUUUCAAGUCCAAGUCAGCCGAUGCUUCAACAACGGAGGAAAUCCGCCAGAUGCAGGCCAGAGUCGUCCAAUUUGAGGCGAAGGGCAAGCUUAAGGAGGCUGAUUUCAGGACCGUGGCUAAGUGCUCGGAGAGUUUUGCGCGGUGGCUGGUCACGGGUUCUACGCAUUAUGGGAACAGCAAGACCGCCAAGAAGGCAGCCAACGAGGCAGUCAACAAGGCAGCCAACGAGGCGACCAACAAGGCAUCCAACGAGGCAGCCAAUAAGGCAGCCAACAAGGCAGCCAAUGAGGCAGCCGACAAGGCAGCCAACAAGGCAGCCAACGAAGCAGCACACGAGGCAGCAAACAAGGCAGCCAAGUGCGCCAACGAAGCAGCCAACGAGGCAACCGGCGAGGCAGCCAACAAGGCCGCCAACAAGGCAGCCAACGAGGCAGCCAGCAAGGUAGCCAACGACGCAGCCAACGAGGCAGCGAACGAGGCAACCAACGAGGCUGUCAGUAAUGCAGCCAACGAGCCAGCCAGAAAGGCUUUCAACUUGGCCGUCAGCGAGGCAGCCAAGAAGACUGGCAGUGGGCACGCAGCCGACGAGGCAGACAACGAGGCAGCCGACAAGGCAGCCCACAAGGCAGCUAAAGAGGCAGCCAUCAAGGCUGUCAGCACGGCAGCCGACGAGGCAGCCAAGAAGGUUGUCAAUUUGGCGGCCAGCGAAGCAGCCAAUGGAGCUGUCAACUUGGCCGUCCGCGAGCCAGCCGCUGAGUUAGCGCAGCGGUGGAAUUGGUGCCCUGCGGUGGACAAGGUGGUCGAGACCACCGAGGCCAUGGUUGUGGCUGCCGACGGCAAGUACCAGGCCCUGAAGCUGAAGUGUUCGGUCAAGAGGGUUCAGGAGGCGCUGCGCAGCCGCGGGGUGCGCUUCCGCCCCAUGCGCGAGAAGCCCAUUCGCACUGUCGAUGACGAGAAGGACCGGCUGGCCUUUGGUAAUCGGCACGCCAAGAAGCCCCCCAGCUUCUGGGUGAGUGGGAUCCAUGCGUAUUUGGAUAACAAGAUGUUCCCGUUCUACCCGAAUGGACAGGGCCGCGCAUACGCGGCCAAGAGGGCUGCUCGCGGCACCUACCGCGCCAAGGGCAAGGGCUUGGCGAAGGGCCACGUGAAGCCGCGUAGAUCAUUGAAGGUCACCUUCGGCAAGGGCGUCAACGUGGCCGUCGCCAUCUCCGCGAAGAAGGUUCUCAUGUGCCACGUAGUCCCCAAGCAGUGGAACGCCGCGGAGGCGUCGACGAUGUACUCGAAGUCCUUGUCGCCAGCGCUGCGCCGCGCGUACUCCGGCAAGACGCGCUUCCUGGUUUUGGAGGACAACGACCCCUCGGGGUACAAGUCCAAGAGUGCAGUGCAGACCAAAGUCGCUCAUGCUAUCGAGGUGCUGCCUUUUCCGAAGCGCUCGCCAGACAUCAACCCGUUGGAUUACGGCUUCUGGGACUGCGUCAACCGCCGCCUCCGCAAGCAGGAGGCCACCUACUCUUCUACUAAGAAGGAAACCAGGGCCCAGUUCGUGGCGCGCCUCAAGAGGACCAUCCAGCGCGUGCCCGAGGCCAUUUUGACGCCCCUGGUGAAGUCCAUGGGCCGGCGUUGCAAGGCCCUCCAGCGGGCGAAGGGGAAAGACUUCGAGGAGUGA